GUUAAAACAUACCCUAUGGCUUGGGUUGCUCUUUUUUUUCUCGUGGUAUUAAGAGCUGCCGUGUCGAUUUACAAUAAUACAUUUAGUCCAAUUCCUACUGUCACUGCUCAAUACCUCAAUGUUGACUUGACUUCUAUCAAUUGGUUAUUCAAUAUACAAGCUGUUAUUUUUAUUAUAGUUAGCUUUUUUACUUCAUGGUUAUUCGAAACUCUUGGUGUGAAGAAAUCGUUUGCCGCUGUCUGGUUUACAGAAGAAAGAAGAGCUACAGCUGGAAUGUUUAUCAUCAUGGUAGCAGUGAUUGCAACUGCAGCAACUAUUCCUCAAUUAUUAUUACCUGCUCUUCCCCCAACACCACCAUCUAUCAACAUGAUAUCAAAUGAUGAUGAUCAUCCCAUGACACCCAAGAUCACUCUUUGGAAAGGUACUUUAGCACUAGUAAAAAAUAUUCAUUUUUGGAUUCUUUGUGGCAUCCACGGCAUCAAUGUUGGGUUAUCCAUUUCCUGGGGAGGAUUGUUUAAUCAAGCCAUUACACCUUAUGGUUAUUCCAAUGCUGAAGCUGGGAACAUCGUGGCUGUAGGUUUGGUUGCUGGCACUUUUGGUUGUUUAAUCGCUGGUCCUGUUCUUGAUGCCACCAAGAAGCAUAAACUUUUUUUAAAAUUGAUGGCCCCUUUGAUGUGUAGUACAUAUAUUGCAAUGAUAUUUAUUAUGACUUAUCCAGUACCAGAAUCCAUUUCUACAUCAAUGUUAUGGCAAUUGGCACAAGCUUUUGGGUUUAUUCUUGUUUUGGUGAUGGAUACAUUCAGAGAUCCUCAAGGUAUACCAGCCAACAAUAUGGAUCGUGGCUUGAUUUUUCAAGCAGCCAUGUCAGGGGUAUGUGUGAUCCUAAGUUUUCUAUAUAUGGGAAGAAUGAUGCGUACUGAAGCCUAUCAACAUGCUACUCUUCUCAACAACAAUAAAAAA